AUGACUGUUUCUAAAUGCAUUUUUUGUCGCAUUAUUAUAGGCGAGUUACCCGCCUAUAAGCUCUUUGAAACUGAGAAAUCACUCGCAUUCCUUGACAUACAACCUCUUAGUACGGGUCAUGCUCUUAUUAUUCCAAAAAAACAUGCUGAAAAAUUACAUGAGCUAAAUGACGAUUUUUUAGCUGAUAUCCUACCGAUCGCUAAACGACUUGCUAAUGCUAUGGGUCUUGAACAAUAUAAUCUCUUACAGAACAAUGGUUCUCUAGCUUAUCAAGCUGUUUUUCAUGUACAUUUUCAUUUGAUUCCUAAACCAUCCAGUUCAGAAGGACUCUAUGUAGACUUUAAAUCUGCAAAAUCUGUUGGUUCUGAUUCACUUGAAAAUAUAGCUCAAACCAUACGUAAUAAACUAUCAUAG